AGAACCACAAUCUUCUCCACAACAACCCUCUUCGGGGACGAUGAGGACGAUAUUAUGGACGAAGUAGAUUCUGACAGGAUCAUUGAACAAAGGUUCAGAACUAGAGCAUUAAAGCAGUCCGCCUUUUCCAGGAAUCUUGAAAUGCUAAAGGAGAGGCAAGCAAAGCGAAGAGAACAAUUCCGUCAUGCAGGGUUAGGAAGGAAGAGGAAGAACGAUCCGAGUCUCCCUCUUCCGGCUUUUCAGAUAGUCUGAAACCAUUCAGGGGUGCCGUACCACCUGGGGAGACAGUCCAGAGUGAUAGGGAAACCAGAAUCGGAUGAGCCAGAAUCUGAC